GCAUUCCACACCAACAACCAGUGACAUCACUACGUGACUAUUGUACACACACAUACGGUCUGUGAUUUUGAAGAACUCUUCUGUACUACGAAUUUAAUAAAACUGAUACAAUACAUAAUCUUUACAGUUUUGUUAAAAUUAACUUCAAACUUAUAAGUGACUUUAAGUGACUUUAAUAUUGUUUCUCCAUGUGCUAUUAUCUUUUUUGGGUAGAAAAAAACUAGAUUCCACUGUUUCCCGUCCCGUGACUUUUUGUGAACGAAGUUACACACGAACUUACAUUACUGUAACAUCAGUCAUUUCUGAUUAUAUCGUCCGCCGAAGACGUAUUAAGUGUUCGUAUUGGGACAGCAUUUCGGGAUCGGGCCUGACUACAAAUCAUUUAUGGAUCGUUUGGGACUGUUGUUUCUUCGAGGUUUCGUGAUGACAUCUGGACGGGUUGUCCCUACUAUGUCUGUCAAAUCUGCGGCGACUAGACCCAAGUUUUACCGACAUUUAUCAACAAACUUGCGAUGUCGGAGCAUUCGCUUCUCACCAGCUCCUUGGGGAACGCUCAGUGUGCGACCUGCUACGAGCACUGUUUCAGCGGAAUCAGUGCAGGAUGACGAGCCCAUCAUCCGUCUGGCAGAUAGUUGUGUUAAAAGGUUGAAAAGACUGCAGAGCGAGGAGCCAGGAACGGAGUUACUGUUGAGAGUGGCCGUGGAGGGAGGCGGAUGUUCUGGGUUUCAGUACAAUUUCACUCUCGAUCACCAGAUUAAUGAUGACGACAAAGUUUUCGAAAAAGAUGGAGCUAAAGUAGUAGUGGACGAAGUGUCCCUGGAUUAUCUCAAAGGAUCCACAGUGGAAUUCUCCGAAGAAUUAAUUCGUUCGGCAUUUCGAGUGGUCAGCAACCCAAAAGCUGAGCACGGGUGUUCGUGUGGAUCAUCUUUUUCUGUAAAAAUAUGAUCUCUUAUUGGUCUUGUAUUUAUUCUAGUGUUUGCCUUUGCGAUGUGCAUGUUUGUAAGUGCAAUAUUGGACAAUUUUUCUGUGAUAGCGUAAUGGUGAGUAACGGUCCUUCGAAAGGCUUGUGACAAAUUAGUGUGCUCGAAAUGUCCCAGUGGGAAGAAAGUACUCCAAAAAUCCUAAAAAACUGUAAACCAGACCUCGUGGUAUAGCUAACGUUGGUAGCAGAAAAUUAUGGUAUAACACUCGCAAAAUUUCGGCGAUUGUGUUAUACACGACAUCCCACGCAAAGUAAGCAAAAUGUGUUAAGAGCUGGCC